AUGGUACAGCUGGCCGCCUUGACAAGUCCUUGCUUCUUCCACCGCCGCUUCGGUGAUGCCGUCAACAUUGAAAAAGUUCUGGAGGAGAUAAAGGAGGAUGAUCAGCUGUCACACAGUCGUCUUAUGCAGACCGCUGCCAGUGUUCGCGAGGUCUCACGACAACUACAAAGACGUUCCACCAAGCAAGCCGUACGCAACGUCAUGAUAGUCACAAAGGCCCGUGACAAUGCCUUGGUUGAUUUGACGCGCGAAUUGGCUGAAUGGCUACUCGUCAAGCCGCGAUAUGGUAGCGACGUCGGUGUCAAUGUCUAUGUCGACUCGAAGCUCCGCCGCUCUAAGCGCUUCGACGCAGAUUCGUUGAUUGCCAAAGACAGCCGCUUUGAGAGCAUGCUUCGUUUCUGGACUCCUGCUCUCUGUUGGGCUUCUCCUGAAUUAUUCGAUCUUGUCAUAACUCUCGGAGGAGAUGGCACUGUUCUCUUCACCUCAUGGCUGUUUCAACGCAUCGUUCCUCCCGUCAUGUCCUUCUCGUUAGGGUCUCUGGGCUUCCUUACGAAUUUCCAAUUCAACCAAUACAAACACCAACUAGACCGCAUCAUGGGCGAUUCCGGUAUGAGAGUGACCAUGCGUAUGCGAUUCACCUGUACAGUCUAUCGAGCGGCGGCGUCAAAUUCCUCAUCCUCCCUGCCUCCUCAUAACUCCUCCGACCCCUCAUAUCCUGCGACAACGAAUCCGACCAAAAUCGAGGGCGAGACCCACGAAGUGCUCAACGAGCUAGUCAUUGACCGAGGACCUUCGUCAUACAUUUCUUCACUGGAUCUGUACGCCAAUGAUUCAUUAGUCACACGCAUUUCAGCCGAUGGUGUCAUUCUUAGUACCCCGACAGGGUCUACUGCGUAUUCACUGUCAGCAGGUGGAAGUCUGGUACAUCCAGAGAUACCCGCUAUACUACUCACACCUAUCUGCCCACAUACUCUAUCUUUCCGUCCAAUGAUCUUGAAUGACUCCAUGGAAUUGAAAGUCUCUGUUCCUAGUAAAGGCCGAGGCGGUGGCUUUGUCAGCUUCGAUGGCAAAGGACGAAUUGAGCUCGGUCUAGGCGACGAGGUCGUCGUUAGAGCCAGCAAGUAUCCUUUCCCAACCGUCCUGAGUCAACCAAUGGAAUGGUUCGAUGCCAUCAGCCGCACGCUACGCUGGAAUACCAGAGCUGCUGACCAGAAGGACUGGGCAGGAAGAGAUGCGGACGAGAGAGACGACGAAUUCGAUGAGGACGGCGCCCCGAAGAGCAACAAAGAACCAGAGUUUGACAUAGACUUCGAAGACGAGAUGGAUAGCGUUCGAGAUUCUGGAUACUCCGGGUCGAGUAGCACGGCAUGA